GGCUCGGCUCAUCUCCGGCUGAGGCUUAGCUUGAGCUUGAGCUUGAGUUUGAGUCGGUACCUGCCACUUGUUCGUCUGUCCCGGCGAUUGGAACUCUAACCCAGUAUUAACGACCCGCUGUCGAUUAUCGCCGUCCAUCUUCAAGUGCUCCAUCGGAACUUCGGAGGGUAUUAUAUUUUAGUUAUUCCUAAAUCACUUGAUGUUCUGACCGGCUUAUUGUUGUAAGAUCUAGAAAUCGAGUUGCUGAUCUUAUGCUUUGGACUUUGGUUAAAUAAUGGCUGCGGUCGGAAGUCAGUUGAAGAAGUCUAGCGUUGGUGGCUCAGGACGGAGUAAGGAAGGAGAAAUGCCAGACGAGGAGCAGCUGGAACUAAGUAUGAAGCAGCUGAAUCUCCUACACAUCAAGUGCCGGGAGUUGAGAACAACUAUUCAGCGCAUGCUCGAGGCUAUCCCGAACAACUCUACUGCCGAGGAAGUCUAUGAGUGUUUCGUCAAGUCAGUCGUCGCCGCAAGCACUCAGAUUAAAGACUUCAAUGCCCUUUACAACAGCGAGGAGAGUAAGAGGGUCCUUGACCAAGCUAAGAAGAGUCGCGACGCCAACCCUAAAGGCAUCAAACCUUGGCGUGCUAAAGAUCACCCAGACUGGUUGGAUCUUGCUCAAUAGAGCUCCCGCCACUUGAUUAAUAGAGGUUGAUAUUUUUUGAAGAUAGUCGGCAUCACCAGGCCAGACUACGGCAUUUUCUAAUGUUUCGGUAUUGCAGCGGCGUUUGGUCAACGGUAUAGUGGUGUUACGGUGGGUUCAUGCUUACGUAGAAGGUACCUAACAUAAUACCGUCUAAAAGACAUUAAUACGAAAGUGUCAUUAUGCUUAGUUAACAUGUUAUUGUACUAUGUUAUUUAUAUAUGACUACCUAUCCUAAAGAACUACGUAGGUUAGGUAUGACGAGGCUAUACUCUACCACAAUUAUCAAACUAUAUUUUUUUAAUAUAAGAGAAUUGUGUAUAUGCAUAUUGCUGAUAUACUAACUUCUCUCCCUCGGGAUUAGUUCUCUUCGUAUCUUCAUAGUAUCCAGAUCCCUCUAUAUUUAGGUAAGUAAAGGAGUCAUUUAAAGCUGGCCUAUUUUGGAGAAUUUUAUGUAAUAUGAGCUUCGGACUUUAGGUCAACACAUGUACCAUCGAGUCACAUACAUACCUAGGUAUAAAUGCAUGAUUUAGGUAAUUCCACCUAAUAAAUUACAUGCU